AAACGCAAUUUGUAUUUUGAUCAUUUUUUCGAAAUUUUUUUUUAGCGAAAAAAGAAAAAUUUACAGGAAAUCCGUUUUGAACUGGAAAUUUUUCCUGCAAAUUGUAAAACGAUUUUGUUCGAAAAAUUCGAUUCGAAUGAACAUUCGAUACAGAAAAAAAUGGAAUCUUCACAGGAGAAAAACCAAUCAAAUAUGAAUAAUGAUGAUUUAAAAUCAUAUUUUUGUAAACUCACGGGCUACACACUAUCGACCAUUUUAUAUGUUAGAAAUUUUUUCACUGAAAAUUCUUACUGGCCAUUGGAUUUUGGUCCAAUACGAUUGCGUAUUCUUAAAAAAAGUUCUAACGAAGCUGUUGAAAAUUUGAUAAACUACAUGAACAAUUGUUUUCAGCCAUUGAAGCGUCAAUAUCUAAAAACAUUGAUCAUGGAAAUUCAUGAUUCAUUCGAUGCGAUAGAAAGUUAUGAACUCAAUUAUGAUUAUUCACUUCAACUAAAUGAUGAUCAUCUUGGAUUUCCUCGGAAAAACGAUAUAGAUUUGAUGUUGAAUUUACUCGAUACACUUGAACAUAUGAAAUCGAUUCCGAAAAACAGACAUUAUCAUGUUGUUUUUAAAUUGUAUUACAAUGAUACUGCUCCUUUGGAUUAUGAACCAUUUGGAUUUGUACCACAUAAAUCGAAAAACAACGAAACUUUGAAUAUUAUCCACAAUAUCACUACUCGUGAACAACUUUUUUCAAUUCAAAUCAAAUCUCGUGAAGAGAAUUCUAAAGAUCCUGAUUAUGAUCACCAAGAGUCGAACAGACGAUUUCAACAAUUAUAUCGGAAUAGUUAAAAAAUCUCAUUGAUGAAUGGUAUCUCACAAAUCAAAACACAAACAAAUGCUUAUCACGUGAUUGGUAUCACGUUUUUUCAUUUUUUUAA